AUGGCCCACCUAAUGUACAGCCAGCAUCAACUUGUGAACCAAAAGCCCGAAACAUUUAUGCUUUCAACAGAAGCUCAGCAAUCGCUACCUCAGGAAGUCCAGGUUGCUCUUCAACAAGUCGAUAACUUAAAAUACUUUCUCAUCUCUGCCCCAGUCGACUGGGCCCCGGAACAAUACAUUAGAAGAUUUUUAUUACCAACCGGCGAAUACGUAUCGUGUGUUCUAUGGAAUAACCUUUUCCAUAUUUCUGGCACAGACAUCGUAAGAUGCCUGUCUUUCCGCUUCCAGGCGUUCGGACGACCGGUGAAGAAUUCCAAGAAAUUUGAGGAGGGUAUAUUUUCCGACCUAAGAAAUCUGAAGUCUGGUACGGAUGCGUCGCUUGAGGAGCCCAAGAGCCCAUUUCUUGACUUUCUCUACAAGAACAACUGCAUUAGAACCCAGAAGAAGCAGAAGGUAUUCUACUGGUACAGCGUUCCCCAUGAUCGCCUUUUCCUGGACGCUCUGGAGCGUGACCUGAAGAGAGAGAAGAUGGGCCAAGAAGCGACAACCGUUGCUGUUAGCGAGCCGGCACUUUCUUUCGAAUUCGACUCAUCUCAGUCGCUAUUCGAGCAGCUCACCAAGGCGCAGCAGGCAAAUUCGUCAUCAUUUUCUGCACAUGCUUCUUACUCAUCCUCAACUUCACCCGUAAUGCGCGCGAUGGAUUCGAUGCCACCACCCCAAAUAAUUCCCCACUCCAUGCCCGUUGUGCCCGAAGAUAUGCACCCAAUGUCGUAUGCUCCGAUGCAGAUGACUCCUGCUCCAGUAAAACAGGAGCAAGAUUAUGGUAUGGCGCCAUACUACCCUGAGAGAAACGGCUUGCCGCUCUCAAGGCCGAUGCACCAACACCAGAGGACUAUCUCUAUGCCCAGCUAUCUCGAGUAUUCACCAGCUCCUUCUUUUGCGCCAUCUGAGGAUUACAGUGCACGAGGAAUUUCCUACGAGCCAGUAACCCCUCCUCAACAGAUGCUUCAGAUCUCUGAGCCCCACUACUUGGCAAAUGAUGGCUACGACACCAUGUCUGGUCAUGCUGGGCAUUCCAUUAGUAGCAUGAUCCUCCCGCUGCCACCUGUGAGCAACGCUCCUCCGUUCUCAUCAACCCCACGCGCAUACACCAACAAUGUCUACUCCGUCAUUGAAGGAUCUCCGACCUACAAACAGCGUCGUAGAAGAUCGUCAAUCACGCCUGGUAUCAGCGCUUUGGCCAAUGCCACUAACGCUGCCGCUGGCCAUGUUCGACGAACAAGCGAACAGCUUAGGCGCUCAACCACCGCGUCGGGCAUUGACCACAGCGACUCAGAGUCUCCCCCAAUCAACAUGGGGCACAUGCAGCCCCGCGAAAUUGUGGAUCUAUCGCGACAUGGAACACCACUAUCGCUGGUUGAAGACAAUAGCCCUGCACCACACCAGUCGAUGAUGCACCAUGAAGAGAGUUCAUUGCCCCCUAUGUCAAAUUGCGACCAGUCAGAUUAUGGUGUUGGAUCCGAGGUUAAGCGCCCGACCGCAAUUAGACGUGCCAAGAGCGCAACUGUCAUGGAAGUCAGCCCCUACCCACAGAAGUCACAUUCAUGCCCCAUCCCGUCUUGUGGGCGGCUAUUUAAGAGAUUAGAACAUCUAAAGAGACAUGUGCGCACCCAUACCCAAGAGCGACCGUAUAUUUGUAAUCACUGCAAUAAGGCCUUCUCUCGCUCUGAUAACCUUGCUCAACACAAGCGCACUCAUGAGCGUGAUGGCACUGCCGGCCCAAAUGAGAACUACAACAGCUACAGUGAGGAGGAUAACGAAGACGACCAGCUCCAGACAAUUGAAGAUGUCUCAGAAACAUCAGACCAUGGCGGUUAUCAUCAUCAGAUGCCCAUGAGUAUGCCCAGUAGCUUAAUGCACAGCGCCAUGAUGCAACAACUGAGCUAA